CUGCGACUACUCGUUGUCGGAUGGUCGCGCGCUCGAGUCGCGGGCCACGCGGUUUCUUCCCCAAGCGAACCCACCACCGCCAUCGCAAUCAACCAAACCACCAACCACACCCAAUCAAAUGACCUCUGCCGCCUGGCCCGUUCCCCUGCCGGGGGUAGAACGCGUUCCCCGCGCAGCUACCAGCAGUUCAGCAUCUCAGCGACGUUUACGUGGGUAAACGAUACGAUUGCAGCUAAUUGCAGCUGGCCAGAGCAGCAGCGUGCUGUGCAAUGCGACCCCCUCCGCCCACAGGCAAUUGUGUGCAAAGGAAUUCAAAGCCAGUGCUUCAUCAGCUGUCAGCGAAAGGUACGGAGGAAGAAGAAGCCGUGUAUGUGCACGAGUAUGACAGAUCGAGCUGUCAAUCUCCCCCCCCCCCCUUCCCGCUGCUCGGGUGAAGACAAAUCGGUACGUAAACAUUACAGCCACCGUAAAGAGUGGAUGUACAACCAGAGAAGAUGGCCAGCGGGUUUUAAAUGUGAUUUCCCUUUUUCAAGUUGUCUUUACACAUUACACCGAUCCACACACUGCCCUUGGUCGGUCCGUGACCGGAAGUUGACUGCCCUGCAGACAGGAGUGUGAGCGAUGAUCACAGAGCUGGUGAUGAACCGGAUCCGGCAACUGCUGCUAGCGAUAGUGGGCGUGCUGAAGCGGGCGAUGUGUUGUUUUGCCCGCCGCCGAAAGCUGUCCGCGAGCGAGUGCGAGGUGCUGAGCGCGGUCAGCGUCGACCGGUAUCCGGCCGGUGGCCGCACCACAGCCGGCGGCAAAAACGUCCCCGAGAAGGACUGGAACUCGUGGGACGAUUCGCCCCGCACGGUCGAGGAGCACAUCGAGCGGUACAGGGAAACGCUGGCCCAGCCGCCGUCCCCGACCGAGCCGCAGCCGGAGGUAGACUACUUUCAGGACAUGGCGCCGCAGAUCUCCUCCCAGCCGAAGGUGUGCAUCGCGACCGAAACCGAGCCGACCGACUUUAGCCGUCUGGUGGCCAAAAUUGACAUUCCUGUUGUGAACGAGCUAGAAGACUGGAACGAGGGCGAGCGGAGUGGUUGGGACGAUGCGGACGAAACGACCACCAAACAGUUGAUACGGGAAACGAGGAAAGAGCUGCGAGCCCAGCGGCAUCAGCAGAAUCGGCACCAGCUCGAAUCGUCCUACGCAUGAUGGGUUUAGCAAUUUCCCUGCCCAGCCAACGACUACGUGUACAGAAAGAAAGAGAGAGAGAGAGAGAAGGAAAAAGAGAGAGAGAGAUAGAGAGAGAGAGAAGAGAGAAAGCGACGCACGAUACCACUCGCCUCACCCUUACAAGAUAUGGCUUACUUUUGACCUUCCUUCUGGUUCCUUUUGCCGAUCUUACGAAAAGGAAACGAGGCAUUGAUCUACACUCCAAAAGUGUUUCCUCCCUUUUUUCCUCUUUCCCUAAUUUUAACAGAGCUUACUGGCAACGAUUGCUGGGUAAGAAGUCAAAUCGACACCCUGGCGUGGUACGCAUAUUGAACCUCCAGCGAUAAUCCGUCAAAAGAUGUGGCAAACCAAAAACUGAUUGUUUAUUUUUGUAUUAUCAUUAGUUGGAAACAUUUUGAAGAAUUAAUUUUAAUCGAAUGUGUUAUUCAUAGGCUGGAACAGUCAGAUCCAUUCGUUCUAGCUGAGCGAAUGGGAUGAAUGUCUAGUUUGAGCUACGUGUGUGACUUAGCUACAACAACAAAAGACGAUAGAGAAAACAAGUCCCAUUGUGUUAUUCUUUAUCCUUGUCUGCACGAAAACCAAACUCCCUGUUCUGAAGAGAAUACGGAAUCCAUCCGCGGUUCGCUCGGGAGGACAAGUAGAUUGGGAACCUGUGUGUCUGGCCGGUUACCGCAGAGAUAAGGACUAUUCAAUGUAAAUUAAAAUGUAUUAAACAAAAUGAAAAGUGACACAA